AUGAGUAACCUCAUCUCGGCCGUUGCAUGGGUCCGUCGAGGUGUUUCCGCUCAGCAUCCCGCAAAAUACGUCCUCGAUGAUCAAGAACUCGAGCGCGUCAGUGCACUUGCACGGAUCGAGCUCGAAGAUGCCCGCGACGAACUACAACGGGCUCAUCUAGCAGCACAAUCGAUGGGCAAGGGUGCUGAAGGAGACGAGGCGGAUGAUAAUAAUGUCGACGACGAUGAUGACGAGGCCAAUUGGGUUGAUGAAGAUGAUGAACCUAUGGACGUCGAUUCUGGCGCAAUACCCAAAGCCAAAACAGAUGAUUUAUCUGAAUAUAAGCUUGAUGACUAUGACGAUGACGCCCCGGCUACAGGCGGAGGCCCAUUCACAAAUAUAAAGGGCCUAACAUACUACAAAAAUAAUGAGGAGGAUCCAUACAUCACUCUCAAAGACGAAGACGAGGACGAGCGCGAAGAGCUAGAGAUUCUACCUACCGAUAACCUCCUCGUCGUCGCUAAAACAGAAGACGAUAUCUCUCAGCUGGAAGUCUACGUCUACGACGAGUCACAAGAAAACCUCUACGCCCACCACGACCUCAUGCUGCCCAACUUUCCUCUCUGCCUUGAAUGGCUCGACUUCCCCCCUGCCUCCUCCUCCACGUCUCCCACCUCCAGUACCAAUUCAACCCUCGGUCCAACUACAAAUGGCUUGGGGAACUACAUCGCAGUGGGCACGCUUGAUCCAGAGAUAGAGAUCUGGUCUUUAGACGUGAUCGAGGCGAUGUACCCCGCGUCGAUCCUCGGCCGGCCCGACGUGUCCAAGGCGCACGUCCCGGUACCGAGCGGUACGGGAAAGAAGAAAAAGAAAAAGGCGAAGCACCGCCAAGUUGAGACGGCGUACCACGUCGAUGCCGUCCUGGGCCUCAGUUGGAACAAGAAACAACGCAACCUCCUGGCGAGUGCAAGCGCGGAUAGGACGGUCAAGCUGUGGGAUUUGAGUCGGGACCCGACGUUGAAUGGUGCUGAGGGGCAGAGUGGGGGCGCGAUUAGGAGCUUCGAUGUGCAUAAGGACAAAGUUCAGGCGGUCCAGUGGAACACUCAAGACCCAACGGUGCUCUUGACGGGCAGCUACGACCGGACGGUGCGCACGUUCGACUCGAGAGCACCUACCACCGGUGUUGGUGCUAUUGUCGGCAGCGAUGUCGAAGCCCUGAGAUGGGAUCCUUGGGAGAGCUACGGAUUUUACGUCUCUCUAGAAAACGGCCUCGUCCUCAACUUCGACGUCCGCACCCUUCCCUCCAACCUCGACCAACCAUCUCCCUCCCGCUUUACCCUACAAGCGCACGACGGUGCCGUUUCCUCCAUCGACGUCAACCCACAUCUGAAAGGGUGCAUCGUGACUGGUGGAUCAGACAAGCUCGUCAAAGUGUGGAAUAUCACAGAAGAGGAGAACGGGAAGAGGAGCGUCAGCUUGGUGACUUCCAGAGAUUUGGGUGUCGGCAAAGUCUUCUCGACCGCAUUCUCGCCAGACGAUCCUCUAACUAUCGCAGCGGCCGGCUCCAAGGCCAAGUUGCAAAUAUGGGACGUUGGCGCCAACUUUGGUGUUCGCAAGGCGUUUGGUGCUAAGUUACGCGAAGCAGGACGGACGUUGAAAGAGAAGGAAGCUCACGAGGGCGGAGGUGUCAUUGGUGUCGUAGAAGAUGAUGAUGACAGUGAAGGAGACGACGGAGACGACUAG